AAAUUUUAACAUCCUUGGCGUCAACUAAUUUAUUUCAUUACUUCGAGCAAUAUUCGUUUCUUACUGGAUCAAACUUUCACAUAAUUUUUUUUACCAAAACAAACUAAGAAAAUCAAGUUUUCAUAUUUACGCCAAGACUUGAAAAAAAAUUAAUUAUAUAUGUUUAUAAAACAAAAAGGAAACUGUUUAAAAAUUGGCGAAAGCAUCGAACGAGUUGCAACUGUCUAUAUGUAUGUAUGUGUGUAGGUUUUUGUUUAAUAAAAGGAAUAUCUAUAUGUAUGUAUGUAAUUGUGCGUUAUGCAAUCGUAUUGGUAUGUGAUAUAAAAAUAACAAAAAUAUAUUACUUAAACUUUUUUCUCUUCAAUACAAACAUAACAAAUCCAUUUGAAUGAUAAUUUAUUGUGUUGACUAGUGACUGAUGUACCUCUCGUUCCACUUGUCCUUUUUAUUUUCAUUAAUGAGCUCACAAAGCAAAACGCAAACAAGCAACAACAAAAAGUCAUAUGGAAUUUAGCAGUAUAUACGUAUUUGAGCACACACACGCGCAGACACAUAAAUAUAUGCUAAAGUUUAUGCAAAACAAUUGUGAUAAUAUGCGAAUAACUAAAUUUUGUAGCUUUCCUUCGGCCGUGGGACUAAUGAAAUUUUAACGUAGUAACAAAAUUACCUGUUUGGAAAAAAAGUUCAAGAAAAAAGUAUAAAUUAAAAAAACGUAUAUGAGAAGAGUGCAUAUUUACUCAAAUUUUACGAGAGUUACUUAACGCAUAAUCGAGUAAAAGUGAAAAUGUGAAAAUUAGAAACAAAAAACUAUAAUUUGGUGCUUGGCUCACAAUUACGAAGCGUUCUCCAUGCAAAGCGGUGGCGUAGUGGCGCUAAGAGCACACAACUUGUCUUACUAUAUAUGCAUAUAUACAUGUUUAGCUUUGUAUGUGCAUAAUGUGUAAAUGUGUGUAUUGGCCGAUUGAAAAAAGCAAAAAGCAAUAAGCAAACACAAAAGACACAAUAUUUACACGCUUAAGCAUAUAUAGACAUCAAGCAUAUAAACAAAGAACUCACCAACAUCAUCAUUAGCCAUUUAAUUAUUAAAAACAACAAAAACUGGAAGAAUUUCAACGGCAAAAUGGUUUUUAUGCCUCAUCAUGCAUACAUACAUACAUAUAACGGUCAUACGUGACAUACAUAGAUACAACAAUCAUAUGUAUAUAUAUCAUAUCCAUCAUUUGUCCGUUGCAUAAUCAUCAACGCCACAAACGUCCAUACACAAUUGGUACAUUUUAAAGCGUCAAAGCAAGUGACUCACAUACAUACAUACAGUUAUGGAUAUGUAUCCCAUACUCGGCAGCCUUCUGGGCGUUGAUACAAGCGUGAGCGCCUCCGGCCCCGCGCUGCCCGGCACUUCUGCAUCCAUCACCGCCCGCCGCCAGGAGCCGCCAGCCAAUGAUUUAUACGCUUUAUUGAAUAAUAAUAGUAGCGGCGCGGCGUCGCUUCUGCAGCGUGAGAGUUUCAUGCAGUGCAAGCAUUGUAACCGUUAUUAUAAGACGCAUCAGAAGCUGCAGGAGCAUGUGCGCAAGUACUGUCUCAAGAAGAAGAAAUACCAAUGUAUUUCGUGUGAGUAUCGGUCGCGUCGCAAGGAUCACGUGUUACGUCAUGCGAAGCGCAAGCAUUGCGAGCUGUAUGCGGCGUCACGUGACAAUGAGGAAAGUCUCUAUGAGAUACGCACAGAAGAGGAGGGUGACGAUCAAGCGCGCUAUGAGGAGCAUACGGUGGACUAUGAUGGUGGCUAUGGUGAUGGUGAUGUUGAGGGUAUGCCGGUUAGCGCCUUUCUCGAUGUGGGACAUUUUGGCUUCGGUCUGGGCAGCAGAGAUCUGACCAUAACCGCUGUGCCCAUUUUGCAAGACAGUGAUGAUGAUGACGAUGAUAACUAUGAUGAUGAAGAUGAUUGAGCGUAUAAGCGGCGUUAAGAAGCAGGGAUUAUUAGUGAAAUGCAUAUUUUUUGAAAAUAUGUAGUGCAGUUUUAUGCGCUCACACUUAUUUUGACAUGAAUUUGGACUUGCAGUCUUUUAAGUUCUUGUUAUUAAUCUUAUUAGUGUGCCACAAGUUUGUAAGUGUAAAUAAUUCACGCAUAUUUCAAGUAAGUACAGUGAAAACUCGAUGUAAUGAAUACAGUGAAGUAAAACUAUAAAUUAGACAAAAUUUGCAAUAAAACCUAUAAUAUCAAAAUUUUGAUUAAUAUGUCUUUAUGUCUAACCUCUUGUUUAGCAGUGUAAAUCUAAAAACAACCGAUUUAAAUUGAAAAUUUUGGAAAAACUUUUUGCAAAAAAAAAUGUAUGAAAAAAAUAAAAUGUAACUGGUGCUCCUAAAAAACUUAUUGUUAAAAAAUUAAUUUUUUAGACACGCAUAUAAAAAUUUGAAAAUUAAAGCCAACCUAUAUUAGUAUUUAAUAUAUUUAGUAAUUUUGGCACUAACUAAAAAAUACAGCUUCCUUUUUUUUAAUAUUUAAUAUUGUUUUUAAAAAUUGGUUUAAAAAAACUAUCAUACCCUAUUGCAACAUGUGGAAGAGUAUAAAAUUAAUUUUCAAUUUAUUUUUUAUAAUAAUUAUUCUUAAUUAAUUUUCGGUUAUCUUAAACAUAUUUUUUUUAAUAGUUUAAUUUUUAAAAAUUAAAUGUUAAAUUUCUGAAGGGAAAAAAAUUAUUAGGAAAAAUUUUGGUAAACGGUUGUGGUUUUUUUUUUAUUGAAUGUAAUAUAAUAUUAAUAUAAAUUAAUAUAGAAAAUAAAUAACUAUUUUUAGUUAGUUUUUACAUUCCGUUUUUAAGAACUUUAUAUUUAAAAAUUUAAUAACAAAUUUCUGGAGAAAAAAAAUUAAUUAUUAGGAAGAAUUUUGGAAAAAAACACUUGUUAAAGAUUAGAUGUAUUUUUAAAGCAAUAAGUUGUGGUUUUCUUUCAUAAAGAUAAAAUUUCAAAAUAAGUUCGUCAUAUCGAGGUUUCAUUGUAAAUACUUGGUGCAACUGCAGAGUAGCGAGGCAUAACAGUUAAACUUGAGUUAUGAUUCCGUUCAGCUGUUGCUAAAAGUGUAUUAAAUUGGUAAUUAUUUGACAGUAAUUCCAAAAGUCGAAAAACAACACUGUAUGCAUUUUCACGAACUGCGCUUCAAAUACUUUUGCAGAAAUUAAUAUUAGUUAUGAUGCUUUGAAGCCGCUGCUAUGUACAUUUUACGUUUUGAAAUUGGUAUAUAACCUCAACCUUUUAUAUACAAAACUUGUGUUGUUUAAAGAAAAAGCUUAAAAUCAAAUUUUUACAACCACUUAAAAUUUUUUGGUAAUAUAAGAUCUCAAAAAUUGAGAUUUUCAAGUAGAAAACAAAAAAAUAAAUGCAAAUUUCUCUUAGUAAAAUAUAAAAAAACGCUUUAUUUGCGAUUAUUUCAACACUAUUAAGGCAAAGCUUGUGAAAGCGCUUUUGAACCAAUGCUAAGCUACUGUUCUCUUCGUAUAUAUUUCGAAUAAGUUGUUACUGCACUGUCACUAAAUAUAGUUUAAUUUUUUUAAAUACAA